AUUAUAAUAAGGAAUGCUGUCAAAAAGGAAAGUUUCAUCAUAAAAUUAAGAAGAAUCAUCUAAUUCUAUAGAAUAAUUAUGCAAUAAAAUUCGUAAGGUAAUAGUGAGUGAAGUUGGUGAAAAAUAUAUACAAAAUCAUUCUGAAAAGGGGUUAAAGAAAAAAAGAACUAAACACAAAGCUAAGCGGUAGGAUGAAUAAGAAAUUAUGGAAAUAUAACUUAAUGAUCAAGUAGAAGUAGAAGAAUAACUAUCUUCAAUUAAAGCAAUAUCUGAGUCCUAAUCAUGGGUAUUUGAAGAACUAUUUGAGGAAAUAGAUAAGCCCAAUACUCACUAAGACAUUGAAUGA